AUGGUAAAUUCUAACAAAGUGACCGUCGCGUUAGCAGGAAGAUCUAAAUCUGCCAAUAAGAACAGCUGCCAGAGUUAUUUUGCUGAUGAUACAAAGAGAAUAAAAAAUAAAGAUAACGGAAAGAAUGGCAGAAACUUCAUGCCACCUCGCUUUAUGAAUGCCCUUCUACUAGUCAUAUUAUGUGUUGUACUAAAGAAUGAGUAUACAUAUGAAAAUGAAGCUGAAUUAAGGACUGAUGCAUCAAGGCAGUUGUCUGAAAUGAGAAGUUAUUCAAAGGGACCUAAGAAUAAGAAAUGCACAGGAAAUGACAGAUAUGAUUUUCCAGACGAACAAUUUAACAACAUGCGUCAGGGUGGAAUGGGACCCCGUGGAAGGGAUCCCAGGAGUCAAAUGUCACAUCAUGACGGAUGGGAUGGAGAAAGAGGCCCACAUAACCCAGGAAAUAGAGACAUGAAUAUGGGUAUGCAGAGAGAUGCGGAACACUCUAGGAGGAGAAAUAGAAACCGAGGAGAUGUAGAUGAGGAAAUGGAUAUGGAAAGAGGAGAUAGAAGAAGAAAUAGAAACAGAGGAGAAAUGGACGAGGAAAUGGAAAGAAAUAAUAGAAGGAGAAGAGGUAAAGGUAGAGACAUGGAUAGAGAGGACGGUGGUGACAUGGACGAAGAAGGAAGAGAAAUGGUCCGAGGAAGAGACAGAGACGAAAUGGUCCGAGGAAGAGACAGAGACGAAAUGGGUCGAGGAAGAGAAAGAGACGAAAUGGUUCGAGGAAGGGACAGAGAUGAAAUGGUUCGAGGAAGAGAAAGAGACGAAAUGGGUCGAGGAAGAGAAAGAGACGAAAUGGGUCGAGGAAGGGACAGAGAUGAAAUGCUUCGAGGAAGAGAAAGAGACGAAAUGGGUCGAGGAAGAGACAGAGAUGAAAUGCUUCGAGGAAGAGACAGAGAUGAAAUGGUUCGAGGAAGGGACAGAGAUGAAAUGGUUCGAGGAAGAGACAGAGAUGAAAUGCUUCGAGGAAAAGACAGAGAUGAAAUGCUUCGAGGAAGAGACAGAGAUGAAAUGCUUCGAGGAAGAGACAGAGAUGAAAUGUUCCGAGGAAGAGAUAGAGACGAUAUGGGCAGAAGAAGAGAUAGAGGUGAAAAGGGCAGAGGAAGAGAAAAGGGAAAAGAAGAAAUGGACGACGAAAAUGGAGAAAAUCCAGAAAUGCACAGAGAACUGGGCCGAGAAGUAGGUAAAAUAAUGGGUAGAGCAGAUAUAGAAAGAGAAAUGGAAAGAAAAAGAAGAGGAAAAGGCAGAGAUAUGGACGAAGAGGAAGACAGAGAUAAAAGAAGAGGAAAAGGAAGAGAUAUGGACGAAGAAGAAGACAAAGAUAGAAGAAGAGGAAAAGGCAGAGACAUGGAUAUGCAAAAUGGCACGAAUAAAACACCAAAUGCAAACAAAGAUAUGCCACCAGGUUCUGAUGUGAAAGGUUUGGAUACAACUAACAUUGCAGAUAUUAAAUUCCAUGUUACCGAAGCUGAAAUUGCUCAAAUGAUUGAUAAAUUAGAAGAUUACGUAAAGUUCGAUGAUAUGUUUUUACUAUUUAACCUUGUGAACAAUAAUGAAAAAAUUAAAUAUAUUAAAAUGCAAUUAGGAGCUGCUAGACUAUGUGAAACUUUAGCCCAAACUUACAAGAUCCCACACUACUAUAAGACUAGACAAUGGACCAAAGCAUACCAAGGAAUGUCAGAUCAAUUAUUGCGCAACGAAAAAAAUGCGUACAACAAGUUGUGCACAUUCCUUCAAAGUGGGAAUAGCUCCCACAUAGCAUUUAUUGAAUUCUUAAAUGAAUUAAUUGGAAUAUGGACUGGUUUUACCAAAGAAAUGGAAAAACACUGGAAAGAAUAUUUAACCAGCAAAUUCAACACGUACUGGGAAACUACUGCAAAAAGUUAA